ACUGCCAACUAAAACUUCCAAAAAUUAUUACAUAUGUUAUGAUAUAUUGAUAUGUACCCACAUUUUCAAUUUUUUCUUUUGAGUCAAGACAAAAAAAGUCCUACAAGUUAAAAACUAAAUGUAAUUGGGGCGUGAAUGGUGUGAGACACUGUAAUGAGGUGGAACCUGUGAUGUGAACACGCGGACGGAUGGUAGCGUGCUACGCUGCAGAGUAAUAAGUAAGUCCUGUACUUGGAAACGGCUGUCCAUAGGAUGGUAGGCUUGAUUCUUUAUGGUGGUGCUGUGGUAACGGUGCAUCUUACUCUCCAUUCUCCAUACAAAGUGCCUCAUUCUUAUCUGGAGCAUAAGCAUAUUAUCAAACAAUAUGCCCAAAGCAGCUCAGUCUACAUCUCAUCCAACAUUCCGACGUGCUGGUGGAUUUAAAGUGAAGGACAGACGACGUCGACGACAGCUAACGCUACUUCCACCAGUGUUGACAACUUCUCGCCGUUUGUCGACCAGCCCCAACCAGGCCGCCGAUAAGGCCGAUAAAUCCCGUCUUUCGCAAGAGGAGCCACGGAAGAAGAUCACUAACUGUGCGAGAGCGCCAGGCGUUGUGCGCCGACGCAGACGGCGUCGAGGACGGCCACCGCGUCCUCCGCAGCCCGAUGAAUCGCGGGCGAAGAAGAGCGAAUCGGACAGCGAGGACGAUAUCCCCUCGUCCUUCUCCGAUGUUAUUAAACUCAUAACGCAGAAGGUCCUGGAAACUCAGAAAAACAUCAAAGACAUGGAAGACUCCUUCGACAAUUAUAGAAGCACCAACGAGGAGCCGACGAUUCUGCUGAUGAAGUUUUACGCUUCGGUCCCUAAACUCCAUGAAAAAGUCGCUGCAGGAGCGGCAUUUGACGAUGAUCUGCUUGAAGGUGUUUUUGAAGAGUUAUUUCCUGCCAACGGAAUAGUUGCUGAAAAAGGGAAGUCAUCGCGUUUCCUGGAUUUAUUGACCCGGGAUUCUAAAACGAGUCCAGUGACUAAGAACAAAGCAUCUGGAGCUGCUGCUAGGAAAAAACGAAAGCCUCCACCUACGGACGAUGCUAAACCCGUCAAGAAACGAAGAAGACGCAGAAAAGCUUCAGACUGAAAAACAGCCGGUAGUUGUUGCACGGGAUGUGGUUGCAUCUCUUUUUCCCAUUUUCCAAAUAGGGUUUUUUGUAUUCUCAAAUUAAGCCCGUUAAAGUUCGAUUUAUAGCGUUUUUGGAUCGGCUUUUAGUUAUGUAUGCUUCAACAGUUUUCAUAUCUUAUUGUAACUAGCGUUGAGUACAAAAAUUUGCCUGUGUGUAGUUUCUCAUAGUCCUGCAUGUAACAGUAUUUUUACCGGAAUCACCUGUGUGUCCAGCCUUUCUAUGAAGAUCUCACUUUUAAGUCCGUUAUACUUUAAAAAGAUCCUUUCAUUUUCUCGCCUCUUUUGGAAAUAAAUGUGGUUGUCAAAUUGUGUUAUAAAAAAUACAGCUCUUUUCCAUCUGUUGUUUUCUCAA